AUGAAGGAAAAGUAUGAGAAGCAAAGAGAUGAACAGUUGAAGGCAGCAGGGUAUGAGGUUGCUCCUGAGAAAGCUGCUGAAAUUGCUUCUCUAGCUGCUGAGAUUGCAGAAGAAAUUGUCAAGGAAGGAACAGCCUUGUUAAGACAAGCUUUGAAAGGAAAGCAUGCUUCAGGAGCUACUUCUUCAGAACCAGCUUCAGAAGCUGCUCAACCAAAAGCUCAUUCUUCAGGUAUUCCUGCUCAACCUAAAGCUAAAAUCAAUACUCAUAUUCCAGACCUUCCAUCCUCACCCUCAUCAUCAUCCGCCACUAACUCAGAUAAUGUUCCUCUGAGUCAGCACCUCAAUAAAUUUCUUACAGGUUUCAAACCUACAAUAUCUAAAACUUCAAAUACGAUAGACUUUGAGCAGACGCAAAUCAAUUUCUCUGAGCAGAGGAUAAAAAUCUAUGAAAAGUUGAAUUUGCCUGCUGAUCAUUUCUUUCAACCACCCAUGAUUGAACCAGUUAAAUCCCAACCAGAAAUCAUCCCUGAGCAAAUUGUUCCUGAACCCACUGUUCCUGAACAAGUUGCAUCUGAUCAAGAGCAAAGUGUUCCUGAACAAACUGUUCCUGAACACAUUGCUUCUGAACAACCAGAACAACCACAACAACCAGAAUCACCAACAAUUGAUCUAACCUCUCCUGAACAACAAACAACUUCUGACCAACCUUCUACAUCUCAAACAACCAUCCCUGAACCUACACCUAUUCCAGACACCAUUCUGGAAUCUGAAUAUAUUGAUGAAGAGCUUAUAAGGUUUGAUGGAGAUGUGGAGGUUUGA